UCUUUAAACAAAAUUAGGCUUGUCCGGCCGUAUUUCCACCUGUCUUGACAUGUCACGAGUACGGUAUGAGCUGAGUUAUUUUGGUCUAAUAAAACGGUGCUAGAUUGAAUUGAUUUGUCAUAAAAGAGAGAGAGAGAGAGAGAGAGAAAGAGGUGAAUCAAAAUGGAAGGAGGUGGUGAUGAUGAUCAUGCAGCGGCGGCGGCGGUGGUGAUUGAACACAAAGCAUAUGCAAGAGUUGGAUUGUUAGGAAAUCCAAGCGAUGUAUAUUACGGCAAUACUAUCGCUUUCAGUAUUUCCAAUUUCUUUGCCACCGUUAAGCUCAUUCCUUCCAUUGAACUCAUCAUUCAACCUCAUCCUACUCAUGAUCUUGUCAACUUCUCUUCCAAUCAUCAAUUGGUUGAUAGGAUAAAUGCUGAAGGUUAUUAUGGAGGAGUUCGAUUGCUUAUGGCUAUUUAUAAAGUUUUUUAUAAUUAUUGUAAAGAUAAUAAUAUUCAUCUUCAUCAUACCAAUUUCACUCUUUCCUAUGAUACUAACAUCCCUCGUCAGAGUGGACUUUCGGGCUCUAGUGGGAUUGUGUGUGCUGCCUUGAACUGCUUUCUUGAUUUCUACAAAGUCAGGCAUCUAAUCAAGGUGGAGGUGAGGCCUAACCUUAUCCUUGCCGCAGAGAAAGAACUUGGAAUAGUUGCAGGUCUUCAAGAUCGGGUGGCGCAAGUUUAUGGUGGACUAGUUUACAUGGACUUCAACAAGGAAAACAUGGAUAAACUAGGGCAUGGAAUUUAUAUACCAAUGGAUUUGAGUCUGCUCCCACCUCUAUACCUUAUCUAUGCAGCGAAUCCUAGUGAUUCUGGGAAGGUUCAUAGUAAAGUACGGCAGAGGUGGCUUGAUGGUGAUGAGUUCAUUGUGACAUCAAUGCUUGAAGUGGCAUGUAUUGCGAAAGAAGGAAAGACUGCAUUAGAAGAAAAGAACUAUUCCAAACUGGCAGCCCUCAUGAAUCGAAAUUUUGACCUGCGAAGGUUAAUGUUUGGAGAUGAUGCACUUGGUGAUGUGAACAUAAAAAUGGUAGAGGUUGCUAGGAAGGUUGGAGCGGCGUCAAAAUUUACAGGUAGCGGAGGAGCUGUUGUUGCAUAUUGUCCUGAGGGGACUUCUCAAGCAAAGCUUCUUGAGGAUGAAUGUCAUAAAGCAGGAUUUGUUUUGAUACCUCUUGAACCUUUUCCUUCUCGUUUAAAUGAAGCGGACUUGAAAAUCUUGAAGAUGUAAUGUACUUGUCUAACUCUGAAGAUUAGUUGUUCUCCAGAAGAAGCAUAUCCAUCCCAUUAAUUAUGAGUUGGAAUUUUCAAUAUGAGAUUCAUGUUUUUUUAUGGAUGAAUUUAAAAAUGAAAACACAUGGGUUGAAUAUGGUCCAGUUUUUUUGUUGUUGAGAGGUUUAUGUACUGAGAUUUAUAUUUGUAUCGUGCAUAUGGAUACAAAUCUUCAAUGAUUCAGAAUUCGGGAAAGUACCUUUUUUUGCUAGUAAAUACCCAAGUACCCAAUUUGAUUUCCAAAAUUAUAGUACCA